AUGCCCACCGCAAGCCUCUCGCAUGUGUCCUUUCAGCAGACGACAACUGUUCCUACAACUACCACAACACCUGCCCCUACCACUACCCGGAAGCCUACCACUACCCAGCAGCCUGCCACUACCCGGAAGCCUAAAACUACCCAAAGGCGUACUACUACCCGGCAGACUACCACUACAACAACCCAGCCACCUCCCCCCACACCACCUCCACCACCACCACCUCCCCCACCACCUCCCCCACCACCUGAUCCAACACCUGAGCCAACACCUGAGCCAACAACGGACAUGCCACCUGACACAACGACUGCCCCACCACCCACUACACAGUUCAUGCACAUUGCCGACCCUCUGUACCUCCUUACACUCAUCCCGGCCAUGCUCAUGUUCCCCUUGCUCUUCUGUUGCAUCUGGCGUCUAUGCUUCAAGAAGACCAUCAAGGAGCCACCCCCAGUGCAGAAACCAGAAAAGGAGUCAGAGACACGUCCCAUACAGACAUGUCCCACAGUGAUUGUCCCUUGUUGUGGGUGCCAAGUACGCCAGAUGAGAAGGAUAGAGGGCAAACUGGACACCUUGUGUGACUUUGUUCAAAACUGCAGCCCAGUGCCAUUGAUGUAUUGUCAGCCCUUGGACAAGGGGAGAUGUGUCAACUUCACACUAAUGAAGCCCUACCUUAGGCAGUUGCCUUGCAGCCCAAAGAUGUACCUUGGGCCAAGCCAGGGGUGCAUCCCUCUCAACAACAGCUGCUCAUGGGGCCGACAUCCCCCACCUACAUGCCCACAGCUUACUUCCAGGAUGCUACCACUGAUUGCUCCCCCUGCCCAGGCACUCUGCAGAACUACCUUGUCACUCCCACACCCAUAG